AAGAAUUGUCCCUUAUACACUAGUUAGAGCUCCGGCAGCUGCCACUCAGGUUUCCAGAAUUACCGCGGUUUGGAUGAAUCGAAUCUCCGAUCUCAUGUUUCACGGUCAUCGUCUCAGAGCUUUCUUCCGCUGCAGCACUUUCUCCCAAACACCACCAACCUUAAAAUGUCACCUUCUUCUUCUGCAACUGAAACCCCACCACCCAUUAUCAAUAGUAUCUCACAACUUGUUCUCAACCACUUCUGAUAAACAAUCCUUCACUGUUUCCUACUUCACUAACAACUGUGGAUUCUCACACCAAGCUGCUCUCAAAGCAUCCAACCGAGUUCUUUUCGAUGACGCAAACAAGCCCGACUCGGUUAUCGCCUUCUUCACAAACCACGGUUUCUCCAUCUCCCAGACACAGAACAUCAUCGGCAAGGUACCAGAGCUUCUUACAUGCAACCCCACCAAAAGGGUUUUGCCUAAGUUUCAAUUCUUAGCCUCCAAAGGUUCUGACGUAGUCACCACUGUGACUAGGAGCCCGUAUUUCCUGUGCAAAAGUCUUGAGAAUCACAUUAUACCUGCAUUUGAAUUUGUAAGGACAUUCUGCCAAUCUGAUGAAAGAGCAAUCGCUUGUGUACUAUUUGGUUCCAAUACCAUUGUUAUUGAUCGCAUGAAAUCAAAAGUAAAAUUGUUGCUUAAUAUGGGAGUGACUCCCUCAAACAUCCACCAGUUGCUUACUACUUGGCCCUCUGUGCUCAAAUGUGCUGACUUGAAGGAGGCUGUGGUGGAAGUCAAGGGAUUGGGAUUUCAUCCCUCCAAAUCGCAUUUUGUUUCAGCAUUACGGGUCAAAAGGGGUAUAUCCAAAUCACUUUGGGAUGCCAAACUCGAUGCCUUUAAGACAUGGGGCUGCCCUGAAGAUGCUAUUCUGGAUGCAUUUAGGAGGUAUCCCCACAUGAUGCUAUACUCAAUCAAAAAAGUUAAUGCAGUGAUGAGUUUUUGGGUCGGCCAUCUUGGUUGGGACCCUUCAGUGCUUCUAGCCGUGCCAACACUUUUUUCAUUAAGUUUGGAGAAAAGGCUUAUCCCAAGGGCUUCAGUUGUCCAGUAUCUUCUCUCCAGAGGAUUGAUGAAGAAGGAUGCUAGCUUAAGUACACCAUUUAUAUGUACUGAUAAGCUGUUCCAGCAAAAAUUUGUGAAUUGUUUUGAGGAGGAGGAAGCAUCUAAGCUACUAAGUCUAUAUCGGGGAGGAAGCUAGCAUCUGGUACUUUGUUAAGUGAUGAAUAACAGAUUUCUGUGUAAGCUAGUAUAGUAUGUUUCUUCAUUUCAUUCUAGUAUCUGUUCCACUCCUGUCUUUAUUUGGAUUUGUGCUAGUCUGAAUGUAUUGAAGGUAUAGCGUGAACAGGCCUAAUAAUUGUGUGGAACUUGCUUUCUUUUGUGUGUGUUAAAGUCUUAAAAUAUUUGUUAUAGUUGUGUGA